AUGCACCGUGUAUUGCAACAUCUGGGACUCCCAGCAGGGAACCCGUGCCAAGAAGGCCUUAGGCCAACCGAUCUUCCUCGCUGGAUGGUCCUGCGCAAUCAGGCUCGCCGCACGACACACCGGGGUUCUGCUGUGCCAGCGCUGCUGGAAGUGAGGCCACCCCACCGUCGCCUGUCGAAACAACUCUUCUGCCCUAUCUGUUCGGGUCCGCACGAGCAGAAGGAGCACCGUCAACAUGCAGGAUGUUGCAAAGGCAACGCGAAAGCGAAGCCUCCUGUGCCGCCCACCCCGCGCGACCAGCCUUGCCCCCACAAGGGCCGCUGUGUCAACUGCCACAAGGACCACACCACCAACUCGGCUUUGUGUAAGUUCUGGGCCCAUCGCUACGACCGUGAGUGGAUCAUGGCCAAGUAUCGUCAGGUACAUGAGCACGCUGCUCGCCGCCAACUUACUAACCCCCGAACCUAG